AUGCGCCUAGAGAAAGCAAGAAUUGAGGCCGAACUUGAAGUCUUACAGCAUGAGAAAGAAGCAGCUGCAGCAGACGCGCAGGCAAGUGCACUCGAGGCAGCCGUAGAACAGGAUGGCGGGGAGUGUGUGCACCCGCACCCACCUAUAGACCGAGCACAACGGGUUUCGAGCUACAUCACUGAGCAAGCAACCAUACGUGAUGCAGAGGUUUCGUCUCUUCGGGCGACUGUUGUGCACGCGAGAAGCCAGAGCUUGGAGCAUGCCGAAGCAGCAAACCGCCACACGGACUUGCAUCAUUAUCAGCAGCCGCCUGCGUACACGCCGCCACCCAACAGUCCCAGCUCGGAACUUGUCGGUGUCCUGAAGUUCCUGUGCCGAAAGGACCUUGUCUCUACUGGACUGACGAAGUUUGAUGAUCGACCUGAGAACUUUCGUGCUUGGAAGUCAUCUUUCAAGGGCGUCAUCAGAGAUGUAGAUCUUUCUGCGCAGGAAGAGCUCGACCUCCUUAUCAAAUGGCUUGGUCCUGAAUCAUCACGUCAGGUUUGGAGGUUGAAAUCUGUGCACGUCGAUGACUUUUCGAGGGGCUUAAACGUCGUGUGGAAACGGCUUGACGACACCUUCGGACGUCCCGAGGCAAUUGAAGAUGCGUUGCUGAAGAGGUUGGAGGACUUCCCAAAAAUACCGUACCGGGAUAAUGCCAAAUUGCAAGAUCUCGGCGACCUCCUGCUGGAACUCGAAGCUCCAAAGACUGAUCCGUACCUCUCCGGUCUUAGCUAUUUGGAUACUGCUAGAGGUGUAAACAAAAUUGUUUCGAAGUUACCAUCCGGACUUCAAGAGAAUUGGAUGUCAGUGGGAACAAAAUACAAACAACAACACAAAACUGCAUUCCCACCUUUCUCAGUUUUCUCCAAGUUUGUUCAAGAUCAAGCAAGCAUGAGGAAUGAUCCUAGUUUCAUCUUUCAACCGCAAAAUGCGUCGUCUUCGUUCACACAACAAAAAGAGGAAAUUACGACCAAGACCUCGUGGCAAAAAUCAUCCGUAUCAGCAAGGAAAACAAACGUGGAUCACGCCUUCGAACACUUCCAGGAAACCACUCCAAAGGAGCUGCCUGAGCCGAAGAGCUUGGAAAAAUGGUGCCCGCAUCACAAGAGACCCCACCCCCUUGAAAGGUGUCGCGCUUUCCGAGAAAUAGCAUUGGAAGAGCGGAUAACCUUCCUCAGAGCGCAGGGUAUCUGCCUGCGAUGUUGUUUAUCCGCAAACCACACGCAGUGGCAAUGCAAGGUGGUCGUGAAGUGCCAUAUAUGCAGCAGUGGUGACCAUGCAACAGCGCUCCACCCAUCAUCUCCGUGCUCAGAGUCGCCGGAGCCUGCUGACAGCGACAACAGCUCUGCACAUCAUUCGGAAGGAAGAGUCACAUCUACGCGUACCGAGGUAGCAAGCACCAACGAUAGCUACAGAUCAUGUGCUAAAAUCUGCCUCGUGGAUGUAAUUCAUCAGUCUCAGCCUGAAUCGACACUCAGAGCAUACGCUAUACUCGAUGAGCAGAGCAACCGUUCGUUGGUUAGGCCAGAGCUUCUCGACGAGUUCAAUGUGGAGGGGACACCCACCAGGUACACACUACGUACUUGUUCCGGCAGCACUGAAGUUGUUGGAAAGAUCGCUCAGGGCUUCUUCGUACGGAGCGUAUCGGGUGAUGUCAAGCUUCCCCUCCCGCCUCUUCUCGAGUGCGAUAACAUUCCUGACAACAGGGAAGAAAUUCCAACACCAGAUGCCGCACGGAACUACCCUCACUUGUCAGCCAUUGCAACUCACAUUCCGCCUCUAGAGGAGGCAAGAAUACUGCUUCUCCUCGGCCGAGACGUACUCAGAGUUCACAAAGUUCGCCAAACCAUAAACGGGCCGCUCGACGCUCCUUAUGCACAGAGGCUCGAUCUCGGAUGGGUCAUUGUCGGAGACGUUUGCAUGGAUCGCGCACGCAAAACAGGCACUGUAAAUGUGUUUAAGACACACGUUCCCGACAACGAACGACCAUCGAUCAACCCAUGCACAAAACAUUUCAACGUGAAAGAACCGCCGGUUCUCUGCGCUGCGGAUGGACAUCGGGCCCAGAAUGAUUUCUCAUCAGUGACACCAUCAGAUGACUCCCUAGCACCUAAUCUGUUCAAGACAACGCGAGAAGACAACGAGCGCGCCCUCGCCAUAGAAGACAGGUCAAACAACUGGGUCGCCCAUCUGCCUUUUCGCUCGCCGAGAGGUCGGCUUCCGAACAAGAGAGACCAAGCUCUUUCUCGACUGUACUCGCUGCGACGCACGUUACGAAAUAACCAGGAGACAAGAGAACGCUUCGUCAACUUCUUGAAAGAGCUGUUCGUCAAAGGUCAUGCAGCGGAAGCUCCACCACUUAACACGAAGAAGCGCAAGAAGUAA